AUGAGCAACGUUGGCCACGCCCAUUUUUGGAGCAACGACAACAAUUGUAUUGAGUGUUAUCAUCACAGUUUGUAUCGAAUUUCGAGUUGUGCUACAUCUGACCAACAAGGAAUCACAGAAGAAGUUGAAGGUGUAACUGAACAAAUUGCACAAAAUCAACAUCACUCUCAACAAUAUUUUGGAUCUUCUUCAGUUUGUCUGCCACCACCAUCUACAGUACCACCAAUGACUAUUUAUUCACUUGAUCAGGUUAGUUUUUGGGAAGUUAGAUGAAAGACGACUUAUGGGAAGUUAUUGUAAGAAAGGGUUACUGUAUCUAGGAAAAAUAUCUUUGAAAUCUGGCGGUAUGAAGAGGUUCUCGAUGCUCCACAACUAACUUCAAAUUCAGUUCGAAGUUUAGACAUCUGAAAUGUCGCCAUAAAUUUUUUAAACAAAAAGUUUAGUAAGAUUCUUGGGAAGUUAAUAGACGGAAGUUGUACCAAAAAAAGUAAGAACACAACUUUUGGGAAGUCAAUUUGAAAAUAGUGCGAAGAGCCGGUUACUGUAGAUAAAAAAUCGAAGAAAAAUGUAUUUAAUAAUGUUUUUAUGACGUGGCGUGUAAAUGCAUACAAUUAUUUUCAUUUCCUAAAACUUCAAAGGUGAUUUUUGUGAGAUUCUCAAGGUUCCUGGGGUUAUAUUUCUCAGGGUUCCCAAAAAAUAACCGGAGUUCCUGCUACACUUUUUGUAAUCACUAAUUCCAGAUCGAAACAAUUUGUACAUCUUUAUUCCAAGCUCGCGAUGGCGAAAGACUCGUCGCAUUUUUCCAACAAAUUGGACAAGCUGAAGCAUGGAGAACUGAACCAAUUCUUGUCGCAUAUAUUUAUGCUCUUUAUCAUGCAAAUGAAUUCGAAUCACUUUUCAACAUUCUCAACACUCACACAUUCAAUCCAGUUCAUUUCACAGAUCUUCAAGAUAUUUGGCACAAUGCCAGAUAUAAAGAAAGUCAAUUGAAAAGAGGAAAAGAGUUGAAUCCUGUGGAGAAAUAUCGACUUCGACGAAAAUUUCCACCGCCGAAAACGAUUUGGGAUGGCGAGGAAACGAUUUAUAGUUUCAAGGAGAAUAGUCGACGGGUUAGUUGGAUUUACUUGUAUUCUAUAAUAAAAACCUUUUUUUUUAGUACUUAAAGCAAUUCUACAAACAAAAUCCUUAUCCAACUCAAGAGCAAAAACGAGAAAUUUCUCGAGUCACUGGUUUGAAAAUUAUUCAAAUAUCAAAUUGGUUCAAAAAUCGAAGACAACGUGACAAACCGGCAUCAAAAGGAUCACCAGAAUCAUCUUCUAGCAGUACUGUUGGAUCUAAUGAUUUCACUCAAAUCAUUUCACCACACAGUUUUAAUGUUGCGGCUGCUGCAGCUUAUGGAAAUAUUCCACUAAAUGUUGGAAUGUUUUAUGAAACCGCGAGGGAUGUUUAA